UUAGGCUAAUUAUCAGUUACUUGACUGCUUACCUCAAGUCACCAUAUUCCUUUCCUGACCCAUCAAAAAAUACUCCUUUCCUACCAUUGAUUUUUCUUCCAUACCGUCAUAAUCUUGUAAUUGAAGACAUGUCAACACGGAAGCUGCAAGACACAAUGGCAUUUCCUGAGUAAGUAGAAGACAUUUCAACACCGUCAUAUACGAGAGUUGAGCAACUAUCGGGAGUUCGGAUCAAUCUUGAACAUCAAAUGAGAUGUCUUGUGUGCUCCGCUGUAUUAUGGUUACUUCUAGCUACAUUAUAAAAUGCUAGAUUUUUGUGCGUCCAUGGAUUCACUGAACCAAUCCCAACCAAUGACUGAGGGCGACACGUUAAUCUCCGCCGGAGGAAAGUUCCAGCUGGGAUUCUUCAGCACAGGCAACUCAAGCAACCGUUAUCUCGGGAUUUGGUUCUAUAAUAUCCCAAGUAGAACGAUUGUUUGGGUUGCAAAUAGAAUUAAACCCCUCGAUGGCUCACUGGGUCUGUUGAAAAUCGAGCAUGGGACUCUUGUCAUCAAAGACAACUCCGGAUGAGAGUUUUGGUCGUCGAAUCCUCGGAAUUUAUCCUCGAGCAGCAAUACAAUCGCUAAGCUCCUUGAUUCAGGAAACAUGGUUUUGAAAUAUGAUAACUCGGAAAGUUAUCUCUGGCAGAGUUUCAAUCAUCCUGCCGAUACGAUGUUGGCGGGAAUGAAAAUUGGUUGGGACUUUAAGCUCGGGAUAGAGCGGCAACUUACGUCAUGGAAGAGUGCAGAGGAUCCUUCUCUUGGGCAGUUCUCUUACAGAAUGGAUCCCCGGGGACCGCAGCCUAAGAUGCUUGAGGGCAACAUCACACGGUACAGGGGCUUUCCUCAUUUUAGCGCUUUCAGCAGUAUCCGGACAUAUUUCGAGUCAAUCAUCAGCCUGAUAAUUGUAUAUAAUACUCAGGAAACUUACGGCACAUAUUAUCUCCGUGACCAAGGCACCUUGUCAAGGUUACUUGUAAAUUACACAGGCAAGGUCCAACAAUACAUGUGGAACAACCAAACACUCGAUUGGAUGCUUUUAUAUGAGUUACCAAGCGAUGCAUGUGAUGAGUAUUCAAAAUGUGGUCCUAACGCGGUCUGUGUCGUAGCGAAUACAGUUCGAACUUGCAAAUGCCUUCCUGGCUAUGUAUCCAAAUUAGCUCGGGACUCAAACACGCCCAACCUAUUGUACUCGGGCGGCUAUGUAAGGAAAAGCCCCUUCAAUUGUUCGGUUUCUGAAGGUUUUAAACUGGUGAGGCCAGUUAAGUUGCCCGAACUCUCGCAGUUUGAGAUGAAUAGUUGCAUGAGCAUUAAUGAAUGCGAGAAGAUGUGCUUGAUGAAUUGUACAUGCACUGCUUAUUCACGUACUGGGGACAGCAGCGACAGGACCGGCUGUCAGUUCUGGUUUGGAGAUCUUCUUGACAUACGGGAACUUAUUAAAGGUGAUUUUUACCGGAAUGAACUUUUCAUUAGGUUGUAGCUUCAGAGCGAGGUAAGCAGUGGUGCAAUUUCAUUUGUUCGUGUGACAUUAUCCAAGUAUCAAGAUAAUCAUUUACUUUUUAAUGCAUACCAAGUCAUUCUAACAUAAGUAGGUUUCAUGAGGAAGAAGUUGGUGGUUGCUAUGGCGAUGGUUCUAUCAGUCUCUUCCGCAAUGGUCUGUUCAUGGGUUUCUUGGAGGAGAAGAAAGGGCCAAGGUACCUAACUACUCCCUUUUACUAUUCUCUUUUUGGCUACAACUCCUCCCUUUUACUUGACUGAAAAUUUGUUAUAUAUCUCAAGAAAAAAAAAUCUCUGUUUCUAUGUUAAACCCAGAAAACUCCUAAGAAAUUAUUAAUUUUAACAGGGGUAAGAUCUGAUAUUCAUGAUGAAGAAGAGGAGAAUUUCGAAUUACCCACUUUCGACGCAGUCAUGAUCUCACAAGCCACUAAUGACUUUUCGUACUCCAAUAAGCUAGGGGAGGGAGGCUUCGGGCCUGUUUACAAGGUCAUCCGUUAUCCUUCUUUAAAACGUAUUGGGAUCAAUAAUUUAUAAGCAUCAUGAAUUGAGAUCAAUCGUCUAAUUAAUUGUGAAAAAUUCACCUUGACUUAAACAGGGUCAGCUCCCAAAUGGGCAAGAAAUUGCUGUCAAGAGACUGUCUGAGACUUCUAGGCAAGGCCUCAAUGAGUUCAAGAAUGAGGUCAUGCUAAUUGCAAAACUUCAGCACCGAAACCUUGUGAGGGAUGUUGCAUUGAAGGAGAAGAGAGGAUGUUUCACAAGGUUUCGGUGCUGAAGUUUUGCAAUGAGCGUAACCUCAUUUUUGAACUCAUUGAGGCCUUGUUGAGAAGUCUCCGACAGUCUUUUGACAGCAAUUUCUUGCCCGUUUGGGAGCUGGUCCCCUUUAAGUCAGGUCAAUUUCUCAAUAUUGGUUAGACCAUAUUGAUCUCAAUACAUGAUUGAUAAGUUAUUGAUUACAUUUACGUUUCAGAUAAGGAUAAGAGAUGACCUUGUAAACAGGACCGAAGCCUCCCUCCCCUAUCUUAUUGGAAUAGGAAAAACUGCCAGUUGCUUAUGAGGCCAUUACCGCAUCAAAUGUGGGCAGUUGGAAAUUCCCCUAUUCUCCGCCAGCAUGAACAUCAAAUUUUGCCCCGGUUUAAAAGCAACUUAUAAGGAGCUAAUGAAAUUUCUGAGUUGCCAUAGGACAGACUUAAUGAUUUUCUUAAGAGUUAGGUACCUUGGUCUUUUCUUCUUCUCCAAGAGGCCCAUAAACAGAACAAUGCAGCAGAGACUGAUAGGACCAGCGUCGCAGCAAUCAUCAACUUCUUCCUCGUCAAACCUACUUCUGUUAAAAUGAGUCGGUAUGCAUUAAAAUGAGUUGGUACACUUGGAUAAUCUUGCAGAAACAAAUGAAAUUGCAUCUCUGGUUACCUUGCUCCAGCUCUACGACCUGAACGAAAAGUUCUUCAUUGCCAUGAUCAUCAUUGUUAACUUCCCUUAUGUCAAGAAGAUCUCCAAACCAAAAACUGCAUCCUCUACUGUCUCUGCUGUCACUGAUGCUUGCAUAAGUAGUGCAGGUACAAUUCCUUAAGCACACUUAGUCACACUCCUUAAUGGGCAUGCUACUAUUCAUCUCAAAAUGCAAAAAGUCGGGCAACUUUACCCAAUUCACCCGUUUAAAACCUCCAGAAACAGAGCAAUUAAAUGGGCUCUUUCUUGUACAACCACCUGAAUGCCAGAGGUUGAGAGUGUCAGAGUCCUGAGCAGAUUUGGAGACGUACCCCGGGAAGGCAUUUGCAAGUUCAAACAGUAUUCUUUGUGAUACAGACUGUAUUAGGACCGCAUUUUGCAUACUCAUCACAUGAAUUGCUCGGGAACUCAUAUAAAAGCGCCCAAUCAAGUGCUUGGUUGUUCCAUAUGUACUGUUGGAGCUUGCCUGUGUAAUUUACAAGAUACCUUGACAAAGUGUUAUGGUCACAGAGAUCAUAUGAGUAGUAAGCUUCCUGAGAACCAUGUGCCAUUUCCAUGUGAGGACUGAGUCGAAAGAUGUGCUGAUACCGCUGAAAUGAGGAAAGGUCCUGUACCUGUAAAAAUGUUGAGAGAAGAACAAAACCAGGCAUGAAUACGAAAAUUGCAAGACAUUAAUUUUAUGACCUAAGUGGUGUAGCGGCAUGGGAAAUGCUACUACCGAGGAUUGAAUCAGAGCUUCUUGCUACAAGUCGAUGACAAGUGCCACUGCAUUGAUUCUCUUUCCUCUAACAUCUAAACGGUUAAUAUCGAAUUAUUUGCCUGAUAAUGGAUCAUUGUGCACAGUUGACCAUCAUGCGAUCAUUCCGAUCCAUGUGUGGAGGGAAAGCGUACUGAUGGAUUUAUUUGACACGCUUCCAUUUAACAAUGUAAAUGUUCUCUCAGUUGGCUUUCAAACUUCUAAUUUUCAUAUGGAACCCCACCACAACA